AUGGGAACCAGAGGGAAAUUCGUGAGAGACCGGACUGGGAGGCGGCCAGCACUGUUUCUCUUCCUGCUGCCUUUGUUCUGCCGGGUCCUCUCGGAUCCGAUUCGCUAUGCGAUUCCUGAGGAGUUGGCCAGGGGCUCGAUAGUGGGGAACCUCGCCAAAGAUCUAGGGCUUGGCGUGCAGGAUUUGCCUACUCGAAACCUGAGGGUUAGUACAGAGAAAAAAUUAUUUACUGUGAGCGCCGAGAAUGGAGACUUACUUGUGAGCGACCGUCUAGACCGAGAGCAGAUUUGCGGAAAGAAACCCACGUGUGUUCUGGAAUUGGAAAUGGCAGCUGAAAAGCCUUUAAAAUUUUUUCACGUGUCUGUAGUGAUCCAGGAUGUCAACGACAACCCACCGACCUUCAGCGCAAAUGUCACUGAGCUGGAAAUCAGCGAACUGACGCUAACUGGAGCCACUUUUGCCCUGGAAUCCGCGGAAGAUUUGGAUGUAGGGGUCAAUUCCUUGCAGCAGUACUACCUCAGCCCCGACCCGCACUUCUCUUUGAUCCAGAAGGAGAACCCAGACGGCAGCAGGUACCCAGAGCUCGUAGUGAAAGCCCCCCUAGACAGGGAAGAGCAAUGCUGCCAUCACCUGAUCCUGACGGCUGUGGAUGGGGGCGAGCCGGCCAGGAGCGGCACUACCCAGAUCAGGGUAGUGGUCGCAGACGCAAAUGACAACCCCCCAGUGUUCACUCAGGACCUGUACAGGAUCAGCGUUCCGGAGAAUCUGCCUGCGGGCUCCUCCCUACUCAAGGUGAUGGCCACUGACCCGGAUGAGGGCGUCAACGCGGAGAUCGCCUAUGCCUUCAUCAACAUUGGUGAGGCAGUGAGGCAGCUGUUCAAGCUGGACAGUAAGACAGGGGAGCUCACCACUGGUGGAGCACUGGACUUUGAAAAGAGAGAGAGCUACACGCUUGGGGUGGAAGCCAAGGACGGAGGACAUCACACUACUCGUUGUAAAAUACAAAUAGAUAUUUUGGAUGAAAACGACAAUGCCCCUGAGAUUAUCCUUGCUUCUGAUACGAAACAUAUACAAGAAGAUGCUGAGUUGGGAACCGUUGUUGCGCUGAUCAAAACACAUGAUCUAGAUUCAGGAGUGAAUGGGGAAAUCCUAUGUCAACUGAAGGGAAAUUUCCCACUUAAAGUAAUUCAAGAUACAAAAAAUACAUACAAGCUGGUGACAGAUGGAACCCUGGACCGGGAACAGACCACUGAGUAUAAUAUCACUAUCAUGGCCACUGACAAGGGCAAGCCAGCCCUCUCCUCCAGCAUAAAUUUCACCCUGCACAUUGCCGAUGUCAACGAUAACGCUCCAGUUUUUCACAAAGCCUCUUACUUGGUCCAUGUGGCCGAAAACAACCCUCCCGGCGCCUCUAUUGCGCAAGUCAGCGCCUUAGACCCGGAUCUAGGGCAAAAUGGCCAUGUUUCCUACUUCAUAGUAGCCAGCGACCUGGAACCUCGAGCGCUGUCAUCCUAUGUGUCUGUGAGCGAGCAGAGCGGGGUGGUGUUCGCGCAGCGCGCCUUCGACCACGAGCAGCUGCGCGCCUUCGAGCUGACGCUGCAGGCGCGUGACCAGGGCUCACCAGCGCUCAGUGCCAACGUGAGCCUGCGCGUGCUGGUGGACGACCUCAACGACAACGCGCCGAAAGUACUGUACCCGGCGCUGGGACCCGACGGCUCUGCGCUCUUCGAUACAGUGCCACGCGCCGCGCAGCCGGGCUACCUGGUCACCAAGGUGGUGGCGGUGGACGCAGACUCCGGGCACCACGCCUGGCUAUCCUACCACGUGCUGCAGGCCAGCGAGCCCGGGCUCUUCAGCCUGGGGCUGCGCACGGGUGAGGUACGCACCGCUCGCGCCUUGGGCGACAGGGACGCAGCCCGCCAACGCCUGCUGGUAGCUGUGCGCGAUGGAGGACAGCCACCCCUGUCCGCCACAGCCACGCUUCUCCUAGUCUUUGCUGACAGCUUGCAGGAGGCGCUACCAGACCUCAGCGACCACCCCGCGCCCUCUGACCCCCAGGCCGACCUGCAGUUUUACCUGGCCUUGGCUUUGACCUUGAUCUCCGUGCUGUUCCUCCUUGCAGUAACUCUGGCCAUUGCCCUGCACCUGCGACGCUCCUCCAGCCCCACCACCUGGGCCUGCUUUCAGCCACGUCUCAGCUCCAAGUCUGGACCAGGGAUUCCCCCCAACUACAGCGAGGGGACUUUGCCUUAUUCCUAUAACCUAUGUGCUGCCUCACAUUCCUCAAAGACAGAGUUUAAAUUUCUCAAUAUAAAGCCGGAAAUCAUUCCACCACAAGAUCUUCUAUGUGAUGAAGCCUCUUGGGUGGAAAGUACCAGCAAUGACAAUCCCAAAACGACUUCCAAUUCAGGCAAUUUGCAACAGGUGAGUUUCUUCAAAACGCUUUCCUUUGAUAAAUUCCAUGAGGAGCCAGUAAUGGCGGCUCUGCAGGGGCGCUGGCACCGCAGCGGGCUGGUCCUGCUCUUAACGCUCCUGGAGACGCUGUGGGGGGCCCGAGCCGGCCAGAUCCACUACUCCAUUCCUGAGGAGCUGGAGAAAGGCUCUUUCAUAGGGAACAUCUCCAAGGACCUGGAGCUGGAGCCAUGGGAGCUGGCGGAGCGCGGAGUCCGCAUCGUCUCCAGAGGUAGGACACAGCUGUUCGCUCUGAACCCGCGAAGCGGCAGCCUGAUCACCGCGGGCAGGAUAGACCGGGAGGAGCUCUGCGCUCAGAGCGCGCGGUGUCUAGUGAAUUUUAACAUCCUUGUUGAGGAUAAAAUGAAUCUUUAUCCGGUGGAAGUGGAAAUAAUAGAUAUUAAUGACAAUACGCCACAAUUCUUAACGGAAGAAUUGGAAGUGAAAAUUCUCGAAAACGCACCUCCAUCCUCUCGUUUUCAAUUAAUGGAGGUCUAUGACCUGGAUGUGGGAAUGAACUCGCUUCAGGGCUUCAAGCUCAAUUCGAAUAGUUACUUUUCAGUAGACGUGCAAAGCGAAGCCAAUGUUGGGCCCAAGUACCCGGAGCUGGUGCUGGAGCGUGCCCUGGACCGUGAGAGAGAGGCCGUUCACCACCUCACCCUUAUUGCCGUAGAUGGUGGCAACCCCGUUCGCUCAGGCAUGGCGCGAAUUCAGGUAACUGUCCUAGAUGCGAAUGACAAUGCUCCGGUGUUUACAAAGCCUAUCUAUCGGGUUAAUAUUCCUGAAAACCUGCCAGUAGGUACAUCAGUGUUGUCGGUAAAUGCCACGGACCAGGAUGAAGGAGUCCACGCAGAAGUAACAUAUUCCUUCGUAAAGAUAACUAAAAAGAUCUCACAGAUUUUCUGCUUGAAUGGUUUGACUGGAGAAAUAUCAACUUGUGGUGAUCUAGACUAUGAGGAGUCAAGCUCCUAUGAGCUGAGUGUUGAAGCCCAGGAUAGGCCAGGUCUUCGAGACAGAGCCAAAGUCAUCAUAACUCUCUUAGAUGUGAAUGACAACGCACCAGAAGUAGUGGUUACAUCCGGAAGCAGAACCAUUGCUGAAAAUGCGCCCCCAGGAACAGUAAUUGCUCUUUUUCAAGUGCAUGAUCGAGAUUCGGGACUGAAUGGUCUGGUGACAUGCUCGAUCUCCAAAAGUCUGCCAUUUGAAUUGGAAAGAUCUGUAGACAAUUACUAUCGAUUAGUGACAAACACAGUCCUCGACCGAGAACAAGUGUCCUUGUACAACAUCACCGUGACAACCACAGACAAAGGAACACCGCCCCUUUCUACAGAAAUGCUCAUCUCCCUAAAUGUGGCAGACACCAAUGACAAUCCUCCCACCUUCUCCCAUGUGUCCUAUUCAUUCUACGUCCCUGAGAACAACCCCAGAGGAGCCUCCAUCUUCUCUGUGACGGCCCACGACCCUGACAGCGAUGAGAAUGCCCGAGUUACUUACUCCCUGGCUGAGGACACCAUACAGGGGGCUCCCGUGUCCUCCUAUGUCUCUAUCAACUCUGACACUGGCAUCCUAUAUGCACUACAGUCCUUUGACUAUGAGCGUUUUCGAAACCUGCAACUGAGAGUGACUGCACGUGACAGUGGUGACCCACCACUCAGCAGUAAUGUUUCGCUGAGUCUGUUAAUUUUGGAUCAGAAUGACAAUGCACCUGAGAUCCUGUAUCCCACCCUCCCCACUGAUGGAUCCACAGGUGUAGAGUUGGCUCCCCGCUCAGCGGAGCCUGGCUACCUAGUGACCAAGGUGGUGGCAGUGGAUCGCGACUCGGGACAGAAUGCCUGGCUGUCCUACCGCCUACUCAAGGCCAGUGAGCCAGGACUCUUCGUGGUAGGGGUGCACACAGGAGAGGUGCGAACAGCAAGAGCCAUAUUGGAUAGAGACGCGCUCAAGCAGAACCUCAUUGUGGCGGUCCAGGACCAUGGCCAUCCCCCUCUUUCAGCCACUGUCACCCUCACCGUUGCAGUGGCUGACAGCAUCCCUGACGUCCUGGCCGACCUGAGCAGUUUAGCAUCUCCCACGGACCCAGAUGGCUCUGGCCUCACACUGUACCUCGUGAUGGCUGUGGCUGCUGUCUCCUGCGUCUUCCUUGCCUUUGUUAUUAUGCUGCUGGUGCUCAGGCUGAGGCGCUGGCACAUGAAGCAUCUACUCCGGGCUUCAGGUGGCAAGUUGCCAAGCCUGCAUGCCUCGCACUCUGUGGGUGUGGAAGGGGUGCGGGCUUUUCUGCAGACCUAUUCCCACGAGGUUUCCCUUACCGCAGACUCCGGGAAGAGCCACAUUAUCUUCCCUCAACCCAACUAUGCUGACACACUCAUUAGUGCAGAGAGUUGUGGGAAAAGCGAGCCUCUUUUGAUCCAGGAAGAUUCAGGUGUUUGUAAAGAGGGAGACCCCUUCAUUCAGGUAUCCAGAAUCACAUCCUGA